AUUUGAAAACCCAAAACCACUUGAGCUCAAUAUAAACCCUCCAUGUUAGCACUAACAUAAACCAUUAACUUUUUCUAUACAAACCCUUUUCUUUUAACAUCAGCUUUCACUAAAACAACCAAUGGAUCCUAGAAGCCUUAUUCGUAAUCCACAUACAUAUUUUGUUGAUCUUAUGAAUUCUCAAAAAGACUCUAACUCCCAAGAUAAUCCAAUUCUUCCAAAUACAUUCUCUUCUCAGCCUGUCCACUUUACCCAAACCCUCUCUUCUCAGCCUGUCAACUUUACCCAAACCCUCUCUUCUCAGCCUGUCAACUGUGGGCCUAGAUUCUCUUCUCAGCCGUUUCAGUUUAGGCCGGCAUCUGAAGAUGAUGAUUGUAUCGAGGUUGAGGUUGAUGAGGAUGAAGAAGACGAAGGAAGGGGAAUAAGAAAGCGGUGGACUGCAGAGGAGGAUGUUAACCUCAUAAGCGCUUGGUUAAACACAAGCAAGGAUCCAGUUGUAAGUAAUGAGCAGCGGCUACAAAGUUUCUGGAAGAGGGUUGCUGCCUACUACAAAGCUAACUAUGGGUCAUCUGUUUCAAAUGCAAGAGGGCCUACACAAUGUAAGGCUAGGUGGAGCAAGAUAAACCAUGGAGUCAAUAAGUUUGUGGGCUGUUACGCACAAGCGAGUUCAAGAAGAAAGAGUGGAGAAUCAGAAGAUGAUGUAUUGAGCAUGGCGUAUGAGCUUUACAAGAACGACAAGGGCAAGCCAUUUCUGCUAGGACAUUGCUGGAGGGAACUGAAGCAUGAUCAGAAAUGGAUCACGGAGGAGUGUAGCCAUAAGCGGACUAAACUCGCUUCAGAUGGAGCAGGAGCAUCCUCACCCGGAGAGUGCAAUGAUGGAGCUGAGAUGAGGCCUCCGGGGGUUAAAGCUUCUAAGAAAAAAGGGAAGAAACCGGCUGUGACUAUUGAUGUAGAGGAUGGUUCUGUUGGUAAGCUAGACAAGAUCAUUGCAAUGAAAGAACAAGAACAAGCGGCUAAAGAGAGACACGGCAAAAUGAGACUGCUAGACAGCCUCCUUAACAAGACUGAACUAACAAGUGCCGAACAACUUCUUAGGGACAAACUCGUUGACCAAAUGUUGACAAACACUUAGGUUUUGCGACAACAAAUUAAGGUGAUACGAGAAGGGAAACAUGUGUUGUCAAAGACAUAGAUGUGUUGUGUUUACACCCGUGGAGGGGUGUUGUUUUUAGUUGUUGUCUUGUUGUCUUGUUGUCACGGGUCUGUGAGUUGUUGUCUUGUUGUCUUGUUGUCACGGGUCUGUGAGUUGUUAACUCUUUUGUAACCCGUGGAGGGGUGUUUUGUAACACGGGUUGUGAGUUGUUGUCUUCUGUUUUGUUUUGGUUGUCUUGUGUCUUGCAAGGACAGUCACAGAUUUGUUUGUGUUGUUUUGUCUUUUGUAAGGGUUGUAUUGCCCACUUGGUACUUUGUGUUUGCUGUUAAGACUAUAUAUUCACUUCUCCUACUCUUUCAUCGUUUUACAUCAA